AUGCCCAGGUUUCAGCAGGUGGAGUCUGGCGGUUGCAGCAGUGAUGGCGGUGAUGGCGGCCUGGUUGCUAAGCGAUACAGAGUCCUGCAAAGUCUUGGCCGGGGCAGUUUUGGUUCAGUUUAUCUGGUUCAGGACACCAAAACUACAGACGAAGAAGAGCUGAAGGUGUUGAAGCAGAUUCCUCUCGGCGACCUCCGACCCGACGAGACGGUCCGAGCCAAUCAGGAAGCCCAGCUGCUGUCUCAGCUGCACCACCCGGCCAUCCUCAGCUUCCACCACAGCUUCCUGGAGAGAGACGCCUUCUGCAUCAUCACAGAGUACUGCCAGGAUCGGGACCUGGACUGUAAACUGGAGGAGGUGAGACGAGCUGGGCGGAGCCUCCCUGAAAUCCAGGUCAUUGAUUGGCUCAUCCAGCUGCUGCUAGGCCUUCACUACAUGCAUGACAGGAGAAUCCUCCACCGAGAUCUGAAGGCCAAGAACGUCUUCCUGAAACGAAACCUCGUUAAAAUCGGUGAUUUCGGCGUUUCCUGUCUGCUGAUGGGAUCAUGUGACCUGGCCACCACCUUCACAGGGACUCCGUACUACAUGAGCCCCGAGGUGCUGAACCACCACGGCUACGACACCAAGUCUGACAUCUGGGCUCUCGGCUGCCUCCUCUAUGAGAUGUGCUCUCUGACUCACGCCUUCCACGGUCCGAACUUCCUGUCAGUGGUGAUGAAGAUCGUGGAAGGAGAAACCCCGACGCUGCCGGCCGCGUACUCUGCAGACCUGAACUCUGUCCUGCAGAGGAUGCUGCAGAAACAACCUUCAUCUAGACCGUCAGCUGCAGAACUUCUCAAGAACAAGUUCAUGGAGGAAAACAUGCAGAAACUGAAGGAUCGUUUUUUCUUCGUUUCGUCUGAAGGAGAAAAAGACGCUGAACUCAUCGCUAAGAAAAUGCAAACGAAGGUUCACCUGCAGACGCUGAGGGAGAGGUCAGAGGUCGAGAAGAUGACGCCAAGAGAGAGAAUGAGGCUCCGAAAACUGCAGACUGCCGACGAGAUGGCAAAGAGACUGAGGAAGUUGGCAGAGGAGAAGUACGAUGAGAUCCACAGCCGCAGGAGAGAACUGAGGAGCCGACACUUUGAGAAGCUCAGCCUGGACGUUCUGCAUGAGAGCAGAGAGGACGGCGCCUGUCAGAGUCAGCCAAUCAGCAGCCAGGAUCACCGGUCAGCAGGAGAGUCGCAGCCAAUCGAGCUGCAGGGAGACGGCAGGACGUCAGAGCUGCAGGGUAUCCCAGAGGAUCCUCAGGCUGCAGAGUUUUACUACCAGCAGGACGGAUUUGACUCGUGUUCAGAGGACGAGGAGACGCUUUACCUGUCCGACCCUCAG